GGCGGAGGGUUGUGCCGCGCCGCUGCCGAGGCCGUGGCCGACGAGAUGGGAAUCCCUGCGCGGUGGGCCCCGAGCCGCCACCUUUUCGGGGCCAGCAGCGGUGUCUUCGAGGAAACCGGAAGCCCGUGGUGACCCCUGGUCGACCCGGUUUGUUUUCAGUCCGUUUCCAAACAGUUGGGGAAUCGAAAUUCGGCGGUCCCGGGGGCGGCCCUACGUUGCCGGGGUUCAGGUAGCUGUCAUGGAUGCACUAGUAGAAGAUGAUAUCUGCAUUCUGAAUCAUGAAAAAGCUCAUAGAAGAGAUACAGUGACUCCAGUUUCAUUAUAUUCAGGAGAUGAGUCUGUUGCUUCACAUUUUGCCUUGGUCACUGCUUACGAAGACAUCAAAAAACGACUUAAUGAUUCGGAGAAAGAGAACUCUUUCCUAAAGAAAAGAAUAAGGUUUUUGGAAGAAAAGCUUGUAGGAGCUCGACUAGAUGAAGAAACAAGUUCUGUGGGACGAGAACAAGUAAAUAAGGCUUAUCAUGCAUAUCGAGAGGUUUGCAUUGAUAGAGAUAAUUUGAAAAGCAAAUUGGAUAAAAUGAAUAAAGACAACUCUGAAUCUUUGAAAGUAUUGAAUGAGCAGCUACAAUCUAAAGAAGUAGAACUCCUCCAGCUGAGAACAGAGGUGGAAACUCAGCAGGUGAUGAGGAAUUUAAAUCCACCUUCUUCAAACUGGGAGGUGGAAAAGUUGAGCUGUGACCUGAAGAUCCAUGGUUUGGAACAGGAGCUGGAGCUGAUGAAAAAAGAAUGUAAUGAUCUCAAAAUAGAGCUACAAAAAGCCAAACAAAUGGAUUCAUCGCAGGAAGACAAUCUAAAGAGCAGUGAUCGCCAAAGACUAAGCAUUUCAAGUGAGAAUAUGCAGCAUGCAUACUGGGAACUGAAGAGGGAGAUGUCCAAUUUACAUCUGGUGACUCAAGUACAAGCUGAACUACUGAGAAAACUGAAAGCCUCAACCACAGUCAAAAAAGCUUGCACCCCACUUGGAUGCAUGGAAGACCUGGGGAAAGACAGCACGAAACUGCACUUGACAAAUUUCACUGCAACAUAUAAAAGACAUGGACCACCCUCACCAAAUGGCAAAACUCUUUGUCACACCUCCCCUUUACCAGGAGAUAUAAAGGUUUUAUCAGAAAAAGCAAUUCUCCAAUCAUGGACGGAUAAUGAAAGACUGAUUCCUAAUGAUGGUACAGACUUUCAGGAACAUAACUCUUACGGCAGAAAUUCUCUGGAAGAUAAUUCUUGGGUAUUCCCCAGCCCUCCCAAAUCAAGUGAGACAGCAUUUGGGGAAACUAAAAGUAAAACUUUGCCUUUACCCAACCUGCCACCACUGCAUUAUUUGGAUCAACAUAAUCAAAACUGUCUUUAUAAAAGUUAAUUCUGAAGAGAUUCAUAUUUGAUCAUGAGAUCAUUGUAUCUCAGUGGUUCUCCCAAGAAAUUAUUUAACAAACUGAAAGUGGAUUUUGAUUUAAAGUUUUGCAGUUCUUCAGUAUAUACAUUUCAACAUAAGGUAUGAUAAUUAGUUGAUUUCUAGUAUGAAGACUACUCUUCAGCUGUAUAUUCUAACUACUAAUGAAUAAAUUUAAGGUGUUUAAAGAUAAAUCUUGCCAUUGAUAAUAAUUGUGAAAUCUACUACCGGUAAAGAACAAAAUUGGAGAUGUUUGGGCAUGGUUUGACAAAGUGUGUAAAAUGUCUAAACAUCCAUUCAUAAAAAGAAAAGCCUUUAUUAUAGGGGAAAAAAAACCCAUGUGCUUUGGUUCAGAUUGCAUAAAGAGGCAAACAACAAUGUGAACAGGUUAUAUUUGUUGACUAUGAUGCAUAAGAUUAUGAAAUAUAAUGGAAUAAAAAUGUCUAGGUUAUUUACAUCUCUGUUGUGUUCCUAAGUUUGAGACUUAGUCAUUCUUUAGUCACAAGUUUUGUAGAUAAAAUACUAAACUAAAAUUAGAACAUGAAAACUUAAAUUACUUGACCACCUUGUACUAGUCAUUGAAGUCCUAAAUGGUAAAAAUAAUAAAAGGAUGAAAUAAUUAAAAAUUA